UCCCUCAACGAGACAGCCGACUAUAUGCUUCGUCACCACCUACAACGACCACUGCAAUAAGGAGCACAGAUCCAUUAUCUACACGGACGGCACCAAAAACCCGAAGAGGCCGAGCGACGACGCCUGGUCCGUGGUGAUCGUAGGUGACGACAAGCUCGGCUUCAGCUUCCAGGGGGCCAUCAUAGGGAAGCACAAGAGCGGCACCGACAUCGCCCUCAAGGACAACGUCGAGCACGAGACCACGUCCACGACAGUCGAGAUCACAGCCCUGAUAUGGGCCUUCGCCUGGGUGAUACACCACAACCCCCUCCACAUCACCACGGUAUCCACGGACUCGCUCGGCGCUCUGCAGCUCGCGAAGAGGCUAGCCUUCACCGACCACGACCCCAAGCUCGCCAGGACACUCUGCAUCCUCCACGACAUGGUCAGCAACAAGAUCGACCUGCAGCACGUCCACGCCCACGACUACAACCCAUGGAACGAGCGGGACUGGGAGUUCCUGAUCGACGCGGGCCCCAACACCAAGGAGGCCUACCCUGUCUUCGGCCCGGGCAAUCCCGCAGCAAAAAGGGUCGAGACGACCGCCGAGGCCCGACACUUCCACAACCCCUCCGAGUCCAAUGACAAGAAGAUCCUCGCAGAAAUAAACAUCGCCACCUUCAACAUCCAGUCGGGGAGAGAGCCAAAGGAAGGAGGCAAGGACACCCACGGGGCGUCCGCGACGCAGUUCAAGACGACGACGCCAGGUGCGCCAACGCCAACUGCUACCACAUCAUAUCCAGCGGCCACAAAAGGGUUCAACUACGGCUGCGAGCUCCAUGUCCUACUCAGCAAACCCUACGGCAAGAACGGCAAAAAGGAGCUCUUCUUCAAACCUGACCAGUUCACAGUCAUUGUCAAGGACCCCAGGCUCCUCAUCGUGCGCGUAGCCGCCCCUGGCUUCAACCGCGCGCGUGCCGUCGCUCACGCCCCGCACUCGAAGGCCCUCGCGACCGAGCAGGAUAGCUACUGGAAGAAGCUCGCGGGUAACACUGAAAAGCACCAAGUCUGCAUCAUCUUCUUCGAUGCAAGCGCCAGGACAGGAAGCAUCACCAGCGCGGCCAUCGGCGACAUGGGCUUCAAGCAAAACGAGGACCCAAACGGUCACCGCCCACAUGAGCUGCUCCUGGCCAACCACCCGGCGGCCGCCAACACCUUCGUCAGUCAUGGACCAGAGCAUCAUGCCUGGCACUCGGGCAAGGGCCCUCAUCGCAUCGACUACGUCAUCAUCCCCAGGGGCUACAUAGACUCCAUCGAGGAGUGCGCCGUGCUCUACGGCAUAGACAGCGGCCAAGACCCAGAGACCAAGGACGACCACUACCCAGUCAAGAUGCAGCUUGCUUACCAGAUCGUCUCGUCCGUCACCAAAUGUAUCCCGAAGUUAGACGAGAGCAAGCUAGCCGACGAAGGGUGCCGCAAAAAGUUCUGCCAAAAACUAGAUGAGGUCAAACACCCGCCCUGGGGCACCAACCUCAACGAGCACCUCACCAUAGUCACAGAGAAGAUCACGGAGGCCGCUUACGAGUGCUUCCGCUCCAACAGCCGCACUCCGCACAAGCCCCACCUUACCAAGCGGUUGCGCUACACGGCAAAGAUCAUCGCGAGGGAAGCCCUCCUGCCCGACCGCUCAGAUGCGAGUGCACUGGCCGCUCCCAGUGACUACGUCAAACUAGUGGUGGCCUCCAUCAUACUCAGCACACCCAGCCCAGUUUCCCACGUCGUGGAACCCGACCACGCCAACACCGCGCACAGCGCCCAGCACUAUUUCGACGCCCUUCCCCUAUUCCUCAGGACGUCUAAGUCGACCCUACAGCAGUGGAUCACGACAGACCGCGACGAUUUCCCCGAGAGAACCGCCGACGAGAUGGGCGCAGCGACCGACGACCACGCCCCCCGUCUAGAGGCCCUGCACGCCAUGCGACUACUGGCCUUUGGAGGACGAAAGUCAAAGAAGCCGCCGACGCCCACCAUCCGCACCAACGACGACGGGGGGCCCAUCACCAAUAAGAGCGAGAUCGCCGACCACGCCCUAGCCUUCCACGGCAAAGUUGAGCAAGCUAUUGCCACGAAUGCAGACGGGGUAGCAGCCGACUACAACAAGAGGACCCGCCACGCAGGAGGCCCUGACCAGCUCACCGACGACAUGUCCAGAGCCGGCCCUGAAGGGAUGGCUCGCCUGCCCCACCCCGUCCUAGUCAAGACCCACUUCGAGAGCGCCGAGCCCAUCGCCGCCAAGGGAGGGUACUCUACCUAUUCCCACAAGGGACAGGGUGCCAUGGAGCUCCAGAAACCAUACCGCGGCAUCCUCCGCAACAGCACCAUCGGCAAGAUGCACAGCACAUUCCUCCGAUCCCGCGUGCAGGGCCUGCUACCUGAGCUACUUGAAGCAACCCAAUGCGGCGCCCGACCCAGGAUGGCCACGGAUUUCAUUACUCACACCAGUCUCGCCUUCAUCUGCGACUGCCAGAGGAGAUCAAGACCAUGCAGCAUCACCUUCCUGGACCUCAGGGAGGCCUUACACUCCGUCAUCAGGGAAUUCUGCAUGCAAUUGCCGACCACCGCUGACGAGCUCAACGAGCUCACCGAACGGCUCGACAUUCCCGACUUCACCAGACCAGCUCUAAAGGAACGACCCCAGCAACCCGCAUACAACAACCAGCACAUCGACGACGAGCACCUCUGCCACAUGAUCGCAGAUCACCACACCUCCAACUGGAUGACUGCCAAGAGCGCUAGGCACUACCAGCUGCCUCGGACCAGCACCCGACCUGGAGUGUCAUACUCGGAUGUCGCCUUCAACAUGCACUUCGCCAUCAUGCUGAGGGCAAUUGACCAGGCAGUUCGAGAGGAAGAGGCCCACGGCCAGCAGACAGGCUCUGCAGCAGCAUUCCAGCAUGGGCUGAAGCCACGCCCUGAAAAGACCAAGGCCAUCCUCAUGCACUACGGCGCGGGGGCCAAGAAGGAGAAACAGCGGAUAGCCAAGGAGGGGAUCACACACCUAGAACUGGACGGGCUCGCGAACAAGGUGCAGCUGGUAACGCAACGGAAGGCCCUCGGUACCAUCAUCUCGGCGGGCGGGGCCAUGGGGCCGGAGAUCUGCCCAAGGGUCAACCGUGCACUUGGUGCAGCUCGGCCUCAAGAGAAGCAGAUCCUCCGCCGCAAGAAGCUCUCAAAGAAAGCCAAGGUCAAGUACGUCCACUCUUUUUCGACAUCCUCGCUUACCUACAACCACCAUGUCUGGAACGGCUUGGCCCAGAAGGACCUGAAGCACAUUUCCGCCAAGUACAUGGGCCCAUACGGAGUCGCAGCUUCACUGCCCAAGACCAACUCACCCGACCAGCACAUCUCCGAGGCCGAGGCGAUCGCCAAGACAG